AAUAAGAUCGGUAAAUGAGAAAAUAUUUAUAUGUCGCAGAUAGAGAGGUAGAAUGUCGGCAAAUGCCGCUCGUAAUAUUGUUAAUUAUGGUACAAGUAUAGUAUAGAUAGACGAUAAUAAUAGUACGUCAAUGAUACCCAAUGAUACCGAUCGCGUUGUAUAUUUCGCGGGCAAUGCGGGCAUUUCGAGAUUUCGAGCCAUCGCGCAUCGAGCGGAAUCGAGCGCAUCUCUGACUUUGACUCUGACUCUUGGCGGUAUUCAAGUGCAUGCCUGUUUAGCACUUGAGCUUCAGCUGUUGAGUGUUGACGCCACUCGCCACUCGCCACUCGCCAGUUCACGCUGUAUCGCGGAUCGCGGGAAACGGGCACGUAGGUCAAUGCAAGAUUCUCGUAACCCCAUUAUGCGAGUCUAACAAGGUGAAGCAAACUCCGCGGGUGUUUCUGAUGUGCUUUGUCGGUUGUAUGUACGCGUUUAAAUUCUCGCCAACUCAAAGUUUAAAGAUCUCUUAUAUAUAUGCCUACUUGAUUUCGAUCGAUUGUGACGAUUGUUCCGCGGACAAUCGGACAAUCGGACGCGGCGGAUAUUUAUUUAUGAAUAUUGUAGAGAGAAUAUAUAGUAGGACACAGCCCAUAGGAAUGUAACGCUAAUUUACAAUUGCAGGAAUCGCGCGUUGAUCGCAUUUGGCUCAACUUGAGCUUUAAUCUUCGCGGCCGCGCUAGACGGCUCCUGUUCCUGUAAUCCUGUAACGUGUAACGCGGCUGUUAAUGGCUACUUACGGCUACGCAGAGCUGGCUCUCGUCGAUAACUCUCGAUUAGCCAUCUAAGAUCACACAGGCGUGUCGCGAGCAGUCGGUAGUUACGCCGACAGAAAGGACCGGCCGUAAUAUUACGAUAUAAUUGUGAGAGACAGUCUCUCAACUUCCACGACUACUCGAUCGUACGAUUAUAUCGUUACAGUGAUACCACUAGUGUUCCACCGUGGACACUAACGCGGUAUGCAGUUACGCAUUUGUAUCCUAGCCUGUCUCCUAUUCAAGGGGCUGGCUCGAGCCGAAGAAGUCGAGGUUGUGGAGGCAAUUCCGGGAGAAGAUAAUCGAAACGAGAAUUCGGCACUGAAUCACCAGGAUAACGAAUUAAUUAAUUCCGAUCAAUUGGCAUUGGAUUCCAUAGCGGAUAAGGAUGCGGGAGGGAAUCACUAUAAAUCGGGUGGUCUUCGAGGUCAUCCUCUGCUACCACCGGGUCGAGGUGCGUUAAGUUUGCCGCGUCCGCAUAACGUCGCCUAUCAUGGACCACCACCACCAUUGCCGUCUUCUAAAGCGCACGCGGAAGCUAUGGAUAAGAUCUAUACCACUGGCGGUGGCGUUAGCACCGCGGUCGGCGUCGAACCUUGGCCAGCGCCGACGCCCGAUAUGCCAAAGAUUGUGUCGCUGGACGUGAAAUGCGAGAAAAGUCUGAUGAAGGUUUACUUGGGCUUCGAUAAGCCGUUCUACGGUAUAGUCUUCAGUAAGGGCCACUACAGCAACAUUAAUUGCGUACAUCUACCUGCGGGACUUGGCCGCACGUCCGUCAACUUCGAAAUCAGCAUACACGCGUGCGGGACGGCCGGCAAUACGGAGAAUGGAUUGUACGGCUACGGCGCCGAGUCUGGCUCCGGGACGUUCUUUGAAAAUAUCAUAGUGGUGCAGUACGAUCCUCAAGUGCAAGAGGUCUGGGAUCAGGCGCGUAAACUGCGGUGCACUUGGCACGAUCUGUACGAGAAGUCGGUCACUUUCCGCCCAUUUCCCGUCGACAUGCUGGACGUAGUUCGCGCGGACUUCGCCGGUGAUAACGUCGGCUGCUGGAUGCAGAUCCAAGUUGGCAAGGGACCGUGGGCUUCCGAGGUUUCGGGAUUGGUCAAGAUCGGCCAGACUAUGACGAUGGUACUCGCGAUCAAGGACGACGAUUCCAAGUUCGACAUGCUUGUGAGAAACUGCAUGGCCCACGACGGCAAACGCGCGCCGAUACAAUUGGUAGAUCAGCGAGGCUGUAUCACCCGGCCGAAAUUGAUGUCUAGAUUCACAAAAAUCAAGAAUUUCGGCGCUUCGGCGUCAGUGCUGUCCUACGCCCAUUUCCAGGCGUUCAAGUUUCCAGACUCUAUGGAGGUUCACUUCCAGUGUACCAUACAGAUAUGCCGAUACCAAUGUCCGGAACAGUGCUCGGAAUCGUCGCCGCUUUUGGAGAAUCAGAGUCUCCUGGAGAAUCACCAUCAUCACUCGCCGACGAAUGGGCACCCUGACGUCGGAUACGGUCUUCCGCCUCCGAUCCCGCUGCCGUUGGAGGCCUAUUUACAGGCAGCGGCUGGACGACCCCGAGACGAAAGAAGAAGGAAAUCCCGAGAGAUCGUGCACAAUCCACAAAAGGCCGUAGGUGUAAAUCGAAUUAUCCGUGUCGUCUCGACCGGUGACCUGACCUUCUCCAUCGACGAGAGCAACAACAACAACAACAACAACGGCGAGAUGAAUGGACCAACGAUGGUAUUUCCACAACGUCACGAGAACACGGGUAGCUCGACCAUGAUCUGCAUGACCACUCCUGGAUUCGCGAUUACUCUCAUUGUCCUACUUGCCGUUCUACUUUCCUCGUGUGUGUUGUCCGCUUACCUCUUUAUACGUCUCAGGCCCUUUUCGGCAAGGGCCAAAAAGUCCAUGGCGUUUUCUAACGUCGAACAGAAUGGCGCGACGAAGAAACCUUCGAGAACGUGCUUCUACUCAUAGAGAUAUCUGUCACGAGUUUUGGUGAUCUGAUAUAUCUUGAUGUUGGAAGAAGGACCUCUUCUUCGAAACCGGUUUACGAGAUUUUCUACUAUAUCGUUGAAACGUCGUUGGAGGUCAAUAUUUCCACAGGAUGAAUUCUCUGCGAUCGUGUAGAGAAAAAGAAAUUAGUUUUGGGUGUCAAUACUUUGCCAAGACAAAAUAUUAGUGGUAAACGGGUGGAAGUCAUUUGUACUAUUUCAAAUACCUUUGGCCAUUAACUGACAGUAUUUUUUGUACGUAUAUUUAUGUGUAUGCAGAAUUUCGAGCGGAUCGAGCACACGUAGUGGAAUACCUUUUACAAGGAGACCAGAAAGGGAACUUUAUGUAAACUGGUCUUCGAAAUUGCGAAUCUUCAGGUUUCGUAGAGGCUAUCGAGUGUCGCAAGCACGACUUUAUGUAAAACUACGUUUUCCUAACGCCAGCGGUAUUAUCUUACGAUAAUGUUGCAAUACUCGUGUCACCUUCGUUCACUACAUAUUACGGUCUUCAUAGAGUUGUGCUUCGUCAUAAUGAAACUUAUGCUCAGGCCUUUAUAGGCAUAAACAUAGGCGAUACGCCGAAAAUUUAGUCAAAGAUAAUCAAACCUGUUUCUGCGUUUAUUACUUAUCUACAUGUUUGUAUUUAGUUUCUCUCUGUUUUCUUUUUCUUUCGGGAUUUGGGAUUCUCGUAUAACAACGUAUGGUUGCUCAAAAUGCGACUAGGUAAUAAUAAAGCUGAAAUUUUGCGAAAAUAGUCUAUGUUAUCUACAAUAUAGCAUUUAAGCAAUGUUAAUAAUGUUAUUGUUAAUAUUAUUAUUCAUAUUUAUAC